AAACCACUAUUUCUGGCACUGGGUUCGCAGUUCAAAUGAGUGCAAUAUCAACACCAGCAGCAGAGGACGCACAUACGAGAUUGCGGAGAUUAAUAUCUCAGCAGACAGAGUUGAGAGUCCUAAUGACAACCUGGAUCAGACUCCCUUGUUUUCAGACCAGGCAGGUCCACUGUUCCCUUUAUCAUCUUUCCGUCUCCUGGUUCCACCUCUACGACUGAUGUCAGCUUUCAUGUGGCAAGUGGCUCAAGAGCGUAAUGUGAUGCACUAUGGGAAGCUGGAGGAGUUCGUGACUUUGGUGACAGAGAUGGUUCCAGAGCUGCUGAGCUCCAGGCAGAGGACCCAACUCAUCCUGGGACUGAGAGCAAGGAUGGUUCUAGAGUUGUUUCGUAAUGAAAACCCACCGGACCCCCAGACCAUCCAACUUCAUUUGGACAGAAUCAAAACUUCUUCAGUACAUGCUGUGCACGAGGAUUCACAGAGUAGAAAUGAGUUGGAGGCUUCAGAGUCUAACUUCGUGGAGCUGGUCAAAACCCUGCUCGAAGACCCGUCUGAGAAGAAGCACUUCUUCCAGGUGGUGUUCCCAAUACGUUACGGCCCUCGGUAUGACACAGCACUGCAGAUACUGGUGUGGGAGUUUCUCUCCCGACUGGAGGAGCUGCUGCCUGUACCAGACCUUACAGAGACAGCAUCUUGUCUCAGCCUUGCCCCCUCUGACCUGGAGGAGUUCUGGCAUUCUGUCUCUGACCCCGAGCACCUGAAGACACUGCUGCAGCAUCAUAGACAUCUGGGUCACUUGAGCAAAAAUGAAUUCUCCAACCAGGUCGCAGACAACAUCUUGUCCACGUUGUCAAUUCCUCAAAUUCAUGGCCUAAAGUCAAGUCUUGAUGGACAUGAAGGCAUGAAAGGGAGCACAGAGGGGUGGAAGAUCAACAGUGAGGAAGAGGAAGGAGGAGAGUUGCAUUUUGAAAAGACCUUGGAGGAUGAUGGAAGUGAGAGAAAUGAAGACACUGAGAGAGGAUUGAAGGAUGAGGAUGACGCAAAGUGGACCUCCCCUCUGAGUGAACCAGAGGACUCGGAUGAACCAGCUAGUGACAUGUCCUCCCAGGUCUUCUCCUGCCCCCAGUGCCCAUUCUCCCACAGGGAAAUGGUGGAUCUUCACCAGCACAUCAGGAAGGAACAUCUAACAGAGGAGGACAGCAGGAGCCUGGACUCUGGAGGAGCUGAGAACUCACUGCCGUCCAGUCAAACAGCCAAGAGCUCCUCAGCCAAGAGCUCCUCAGCCAAGAGCUCCUCAGCCAAGAGCUCCUCAGCCAAGACCACCUCAGCCAAGAGAAUCAAUAAGAACACCUGCAAACAGUGUGGGAAGGGUUUCAGAUGCACAACUGACCUGAAACGACACCAAAGUGUUCACACCAGUGUGCAGCCGUUCCGUUGCAACCAGUGUGAGAAGAGAUUCAAAUCGGAGAGAUAUUUACAACUGCACAAGAAAAGUCACGACGUAGAACCGAUGCACAGGCCUAUUUGCCAACACUGUGGCAAGAGUUACACUAGUGCAGCGGUCCUCAAAAUACACAUACGCACCCACACCGGAGAGCGGCCUUACUCCUGCUCAGUCUGUGGAAAGAAGUUCAAUCAAAAGCACACAUUAGUUAGACACCUCCGGAUGCACAAAGGAGAGAGACCAUACCUGUGUAGCGUAUGCGGGAAGGCUUUCUUUGUUUCCGGGGAACUCUUAGUGCACAUGCGUUUUCACACAGGGGAACGACCUUACCGCUGUAAACCGUGUGGAAAGGCUUUCAGCACGUCAUGCGCUCUCACGUCGCAUAAGCGAUGGCACUCAAACGAGCGCCCAUUCACCUGCUCCCUGUGUUCAAAGGGCUUUGCGGAAACUGGUGGCCUUAAAAGACACAUGUUUAUUCAUACCGAGGAGAAGCCCCAUUACUGCCACACGUGUGGGAAAGGAUUUAGUCAGUUGAGCAACAUGAGAAUACAUUUGAAAACUCAUAAAAAAUAAUGUCAUUGGCUCUCUUAAAAAGGAAUUUUUAACUGGUGUAAUGAUUAUUUCUCCUUAAGCCAAAAGUAAGAAAAAAAUGAAAUUGUAUUAUAGGUAAUAUACAUUGUCCUGACAAAGUUUUCACCAUAUAUUGACUAAGUAGCCAUUCUGUUACUUUCCCUUUGGUAAUGUGAUCGGUUGUUAAGGAACUUUGGGCACAGACUUCACAAUGACACUGAGGUUUUACUUAGUGCACUGCCAACCGUACUGUACUCUGUGAGCACAGUAGGGUUAACAUGAUGUAAGCAUGACACGUAGUUCGUUCUGUACCUGAAGUAAUGAAAAAAAGUUUUGACCGCAACUAUCAAGUUGUCCUUUAAUAAUCAUUCAUGUGUUUUGGGGCAAGCUGAUGUAUGUUGGAACAGAGUCCUCCCUUUUCUCCUGCGUAGUCAUCUUCCUGCGUAGUCACCUGUUCACAUGUCCUUGUCUGAGGAAAUGCUAUUUUCAGUACUUCAGUCAGGCACCUGAUUCCCUUCUGGUUCAUGCUGGGCUGAAGUGCAAUUAGGUACACUUUGUUUCCAUUGUAAUCAGACCUGGGUUCAAAUACUAUUUCAAAUAUCUCAACUUUCACCUACAUUGUCCAAGUAUUUUAAUGUAUUUGAAAAUACUCAAAUACACUCCCAUGCAUUUAAACCAGGUUUUUGAAAAUAGUAUUUAAAAUAAGUGUUUGAAAAUACUCAUACUACUUGGUUUUUACAAAUAGCCAUUCAAAUAGAAGUAUGUGUUUUGGGCUUUGUAUUUGAAAAUUCUCAAAUACAUUUUUCAAUGUAUUUUAAAUAGCAGAUAUCAAAAUACAUAUUUGAACCCAGGUCUGAUUGUAAUAAAUGAUCACUCAGUAAUUGUCUGUGAUGACUCAAUUUACAAAUGAUUAACUAAUACUACAGCAUGUGUAUGAUAUAUGUAUAUUAUUAUGUACGUGAUGCUACAUUUAUUAUCCGUCAAACACUUUUUUUAAGUGUGGGAAAGGAUUUACUCGGAUGAGCAACAUGAGACUACGUUUGAAAACUUGUCAGAAAUAAACUCAUUGGAUCUUU